GCAUCGCCCGCACCGACCGUCUGGGGAUGUCGUUCCACAACAGCCGGUAAGAGACUGGUCUUAGCGGCUUUUUUUGCCUUGCUGCGAGCUUGUCUUAAACAGCUGCGAUAUCCAUCCAUCGAUGGGGAGCUUCCCCCAGCUUGCAUUGUUAUUCUUGUUCCUGAUCCCGUUUUACGCUCUUGCUUCCAUCGAAUUCGCUACUGCGCCUAUUUACAAGUCUACUAUUAUCCAACAAACCCUUCAUCGCAUAAUAAUAUGGUAUCUGGUCCCGCAAUGGCUACUGCUAGAUACUCACCCGACACCGUACCUCGACGAGAGUCGUCUCCGAGGCCCAAGAAUACUGAUAGACGCAGGCCCCGUCUACUCAGAGCUUGUGCUACGGAACCCUCUAUUACCACCUCCAAUGCUUGCAAGGGGGUGCUGACAACUCCAAAUACGAGCCGGAGAGCGACGGAUCUACUCAGCCGCGUAGCGGUCUCCAACGCUAACUCGUCCCCGUCAUCAACACGAAGCUUUGGGUUAGAAUCGGCAGAGGUCCGAGAGCCUCGUUUGACAGAUGCCACCCAUGAUCCACGUGCGUACUACCUACCUACCUUACCUAUUUCCGAACCAUUGAACCGCGAAUGUCCGUGCUGACUUAUUCGAAUAGAUUCGGCGUGCUACUUUAGCUUCCCCAGCUUCGACGCCUGGGAUGUGGGCGAGCAUCCUGACG